AUGCCUUCCUUGAUAGAUCUCCCUCUGGAGAUCCGUGUCAUGGUCUUCAAAGAGGUAAUCAAUGGCCAUCGCACCCCACCCAUAUCUCCAUCCAAAUCGAACAUGGUAGAGAUCACGGACACGGAAUGCACGGCCUCGAAUGGCCACCCUAAGUUCAAUCACGAGAAGCAUGAUAGGCACAGCCCAUCGAACAGUCUCCCUCUGCUCCUAACAAGUCGUCAAGUCUCGGUAGAUACUCAAUCGAUUCUCAAUCGAAUGAAGAAAAUCAUCUACGUCCUUGACUUUUCAAUUCUGAAUGAACAGGACAUGUUUUCAACCUGGAUAUCAGUUCCACAUUUGACGACCCGCCUAUCUACACUAUAUAUAGAUUUGCGUCUUUUCGGACACAUCCUCACCUGCAACGACGUCAAACAGGCGCGUGAACGGGGAGGCCGUGGUGGUGGUUACAACACCAUCAAUUGGCUUUUUCCCGCCUUUUUGGACCGAUUCUUACUUCAUGGACCAGUGGGCGAGAAGAAAGGCGGCAGUGUGAACUCCUAUGAGGACCGUGUGAUCACUGUUGAGAACCUCAUCUUCGACUUUCACUCGGCAGAGACGAAGUUACCAUUUCCCCCUCUUGACAUCGAAUACCAACAUUGGCUGGAUAAUGGUCCUACCGACCCCCUGUACAUACGGAUGAGCGAGAUGAGCGAGGAUUUAAAGUACAAAGCACGUCCACACUGGCCUUUGCGCUCUUGGACAGAGUGGUUGAGAGACAUAACUAACAUGGGCUACAUAACUGAGAAGCAUGCGGGACUCAUUUACGAGAGAAUCGGUACCAUUUCCAUGCUACUGAAUGGAAGACGGAUGACUACCGUUGAUAUUGCGGAUAGAUUGGCCAAGGUGCUCAUUCAGAGUCCUCUUUAUACAAUGGAUCAACGGUAUUGGGGUGUUGGUGUGUCUGGAUUUCAGAAGUGGGGAGAAACGGUACUCCUGAAAAGAGAAGUCUUGAAUUCCCUAUUGUGCAGCCACAGGACCUAG